AUGAAGCAGCCAUGGACACUCAGAGCAGGCGAAUCCCUCUUCUGUUCAUUUCGCCCUAAUUUUACUCCAGCGACCACGUUUACGAGACCAUUCACCUCGACUCCAUUGCUGGAAAGAGCUAACCCCAAGUCAAAGCCCACAACUCGGAAACAUAGCGGUCGCUUCGCAGAUGGCUUUCGGGCAGCAAUAAAUGUCCAAUUCGACGAAGCGGUUGAAACCGCGUUGAAAGAGUACAAAAAUGGCCUCCCCCCUUCCGAUCCGUUGCUUGAAAAAUGGGACUCGUUCUAUCGUCGAAUCACUCAGGCCGCGCAGCUCAAACGAAUAGGUCUCCCACAGAUGUCUAACAUCGGCACUUUGGUGGACUUAAGGGCGCAACUUUUCGACGGGUUCAGAAGAGCCAAAAGCCGAGGCAUAAGGGAGGAGCUAGAGCGGGUACACAGCGAUCUUCUCAACCAUGAAACGUAUGGCAAUCCCCACGCUGCAGAGCAGCAAAAGGUGACGGAUCUCCGAUAUCCAGCCGAGUGGUAUCCAUUUGCUCGCUCGAGACAACGGACUAUUCAUCUGCAUGUCGGUCCCACAAACUCCGGAAAGACAUACAGAGCAUUAAAGAGGCUCGAAGAAGCGAAGCUCGGGUUUUAUGCGGGUCCGCUGAGACUACUCGCUCAGGAAGUCUACUCUCGAUUCAAUACUCAGGGAAUAUCAUGUAGUUUAGUCACAGGCGAUGAAGUCCGCACGCCAGACACUCCACCACGCAUCAUCAGUAACACCGUGGAAAUGGUGAGUAUUUACAGGGACUACGACGUUGGGGUCAUUGAUGAAAUUCAAAUGAUUGCUGAUCCGGAUCGCGGCUGGGCUUGGACAAGAGCCUUUCUGGGAUCACGGGCAAAGGAGCUCCACCUUUGUGGUGAAGAGCGAGCCGUGCCAUUGAUCAAAGAAUUGGCCACGUUGAUGGGCGAUAAUCUGGAAAUUCACCACUAUCAGAGACUCAAUCCGUUACGUGCCGAGACUAAGAGUUUGAAUGGUGAUCUUCGCAAACUUCGAAAGGGGGAUGCUAUAGUCACGUUUUCGAGGAUAAAUAUCCAUGCUCUGAAGAAUGCGAUCGAGAAGACGACUGGAAAGCGGGCUGCUAUCGUCUACGGUGGUCUGCCAGCAGAGAUUCGAACACAGCAAGCCAAUCUGUUCAACGACCCCGAUAAUGAUUAUGAUUACCUUGUGGCCAGCGACGCCAUUGGUAUGGGGCUCAACCUAAAAUGCAAACGAGUCAUCUUCCAAACUUUGGUCAAAGGCGGGAAAGGCGGUCUUUCGAGAAUCAGCAUUCCAGAAAUAAAGCAAAUCGGAGGGCGUGCGGGUCGUUACCGUGCCGCCAACGAAACAGGGAAACGAGGCGACUCGGAAGAGGAAAACGUGGGUUUAGUAACAUCGCUUGAGGAUGUUGAUUUGCCCUUCAUCCAGCAGGCGCUGGAGUUUGAUCCUCCUCCUUUGAAAGCGGCAGGUAUUAUAUCCACGGAUGCAAUGUUAUAUCGCGUUGCAAGCUACUUUCCACCCGACGUUUCGCUCAAGUUUCUGAUCAAUCGAGUUUGUUCGAUCAGCAAAGUUCACCCGCUCUUCUUCAUGUGCAAUGCCCGCAAUCAGUUGGAAGCCGCGAGCUUCCUCGACCGUUGCGAUCGCAUUAGUAUUGAGGAUCAGCUCGUAUUUAUAGCGUCACCUCUGAGCGUCCGUGACCAGGCAUUAAUGACAUGCGCUAGAGGCUACAUUCGAUGCGUCGCCAAUAAUUCUAGUGGUCGUUUACUCGACAUUCCAGAACUGAAUCUGGAAAUCCUCGAAGUGCCUGUCUCUGGUCAAAAGGAUUAUCUCAACGAACUCGAGAGCUUACACAAGGCACUAAUUCUAUAUCUAUGGCUCAGCUAUCGUAUGGGGGGAAUAUUCACAGACCGGACCCUCGCCUCUCAUGUCAAGGAGAUGGUGGAAGAGCGCAUGAUGCGAGCCCUGACUGAGUUUUCGGCCAAUGCUCGUCUUCGCAAAGAUGCUUCACGGCGUCGACAAAUUCUGAUGGAGAAACAGAGUCGGAGUAAUGAGCAGUUGUUAGCCAAUACCGAGCUCAGCAAUGAGGCCAACUUGUCGGUUGGUGGUGAAGCAGACUCUUUCGACGUGCCUAUGGAAGAAGAUGCUUCUGCAGCACCUGUUGGAGACACGCUGGGAGAAGCGCAGUCACAAAACAAGACUGCCACAGCUUAUAAUUGA